AUCUCAUUGCCGGUGACUCAAAACUCAGCUACUACUACUACUCGUACUUACCCUAGGUAGGCAUAGUAAGUUAGUAACAUGAAGAGUAUAACAUGAUGAUUGAUCGGAUUUUUUGUAGUACAUAUUCAAACAGCUGGAAUACAUAUAGCCAUUAACUAUAUCUAAUCAACAAGGGGGGUCGAGAAUAAGUAUAAAAAGUCUUGGCUAUCUGCUUCUAUCAUUCAAUGUGAGAUCGCUCAUCCGCCUCAACCGCCUCAAAAACUACCUUACAUUUACCAUUUUAUAUAUAUAUAUAUAUCUUUCUCUCAAGCCAUCCUCCAUAAAGACUUUUCUGUUGCCUAUAACCAGGAAAUCCAAGCUAUGAGUUCGCAAGCAGAAGAGCCCAAGAGGGCAGCAGCAUCAAGACCAAUCUUAUUCUUCGAUAUAGACAACUGUCUCUAUCCUAGAAGCACCAAAGUCCAUGACCUGAUGGCGGAUCUAAUAGACAAGUACUUUGCGACCCACCUCGGUCUUUCAGACCAGGAGGCCUUCAGACUACAUAAAGAGUACUACCAGAACUACGGUCUCGCCAUCGAGGGGCUGGUACGGCACCACCAGAUCGACCCCCUCGACUACAACGCCAAGGUCGACGACGCCCUGCCGUUGGAGGGUAUCAUAAAACGUAACCCGGAACUGCGGAAGCUGCUCGAGGAUAUCGACACGUCCAAGGUGAAGUUAUGGCUCUUGACCAAUGCGUACGUCACGCAUGGCCGGAGGGUAGUGAAGCUCUUGGGCAUCGAUGAUCUAUUUGAAGGCUUAACAUACUGCGACUACUCGCAGAUGCCUAUCAUCUGCAAACCACAUAAGGACAUGUAUGCUAAAGCUAUGAAGGAAGCUGGCGUGGAGCGACCAGAAGAUUGCUUCUUUGUCGACGACUCUUACGGCAAUGUGGUCGGCGCAAAGAAGUUAGGUUGGGCAUCGGUCCAUCUCGUUGAGGAGGGACUACCAGUACCAAGAACACCAGCAUCCGAGUACCAAAUUAGACAUCUAGAAGAAUUACGGAACAUAUUUCCACAAUUCUUCAAGUCGUCGAAUGAAGCAUAGCCGUAUUUCUAUCCCAGUCUCAGCACGUUGCACAGGUAUGGCAAGAGGCGUUUAGGGCAUAUCGUCAAAAAGCAGUAUAGAAUACCAUGGCUACGGUCGAAUUCACCCUAGUCACGUCAAUAGCGUCUCUAGAGAUGGUGCGAGGAGCAAAAUCCAAAUUCAAAUUAUCUCAAAGGUCCGGAACGCCUAGCCGGGGUAUCACGAAUUCCAUCCGUUCGUAGUGUAGCCUGAGUAGGUAGUCAUGACUUAAGGGCGCCUGAUUCCACGAAUUACUGUGUCCAACUUGGCCAUAGUCUCUUCCUUCUCCUUGAUGGCCUCUUGUCGUUGCACUUCGGCGACCUUUAGUUCCUCUUCCAACUCUUUGAUAUUGCGCUCCUGGUCCUGCACGCUGUUCUCGAGGCCGGG